AAAAACUUUGGCCAAAUAUUCUUAUAUCGCUGAUGAAAUGUUUAACGAUGAAGAGUCUAUUGACGGAAGUGAUUUAGAAGAUGCAGAUACAUCUAGUGAGAUGGAAGAAGAAGACGAACGUAGUUAGAUUUCAUGAAUGAAUGUUUGAUGAGUAUAUAAAGGGAAACCUUGGACAUUAGCAUCAGAUAAUUAAUAGAAGAGGAAGAAGCAACAAUGCCUAAGAUAGUGCCUUAUGUGGACAACCCAGAAGUGUGGAAGAAGUUUAUACGAGCCCAAGUAGAAGGCAGAGUCAUCGAACAUGCUGGAUAUGGUAAACGAGGAAAACUCAAGUGGAUACCAGUGUCAUCAGUCCAUGAACCGAUUGUUCAACAUAUCAGUCCCACUGAAGCUGUUUAUCAGAGAGCCAAGGCAGAAAUUGACAAGCAGCAGAAAGAAAUAGGCGAACGGGAUAGGCCACCCAAGAGAGUUUACAGACAAAUGAGUGACAAUGAUUCCUUUGACCACACCUCCAAUGGAAAUGUGAUGAAUAGACUUUUUAAAAAACCUAAGAAAAAGAGGGAUGUUAUGGUGUAUUCUGGCCCUCCUGGAAAACGUCAACAGAGACAGUGAAUCCCUCAUCCACAAGGG